GUUCAUUCGGCGUUACCGUUCAACACGGAAGUACGCAAGACAUGCAAGAAGCUGCAAACGAAUGUGAAAGUUUUAAACUUGAAGUAGAUUGCAGAAAUUAAAAGAUGUGAAAUUUCAUAGACUGUGUAUUACAUGUAAGCCAUUGUCGUUGAUUAGCAGAGUCAGAGGAAGAAACACUUCUAAUACAGAUCAAGUGCAAGUGAUCAGCCUGCUCGUAUGAGGCCCUUCAGCCACUUUCACCCUUUAUGUUCCGCAAGAAGAAGAAACAGCGCUCGGACCCUGAAGAAGUAGCCAUUGCAGCUGCAUUACAAGCAGCCGCCAGUGUCCAUACAGGUCAUCUGCCGCAUCGUCAAGGCAGUCGGGAAUCCGCAGUGCAGACGUCACAUCGAGGUCUACAACAAGCAGCUAGUAAUCAUACUCAGGAAAGUGCCAACAUGGUUCAUCAGAGUCUUCCAGAUAACCACUUGGUGAUGAGCAGUCAACACAUCACUGACCCUACCUCUGGAUUACCAGGUCAGUUGGUGUCAGUGGAUCUGAGUGUGGACUUCUCUGUGCGAUACGUUGGAAUGAUUUACAAUGCACAGGGACUGCAACAUUUCCAGGAAGAUGAGGUGGAUCUGAUUAAUGCACUUGAUCAAGCUCAGAUGGAGAACCAGUUCAAGCAUGCAGAAACACAAAGGGACUUUGUUUACCUGAAUCUCUCUAAACAUGGCGUCAAGGUCAUUGAGUCAUAUGCCCAAGCACCAAAGAUUGUAAGAUGGCGAUACGGCAUGAUCGAGGUCGUUCGCCUCGUUCAUUUCGAAGACUCGACAGGAAGUCAACUACUAGCUUUAAAGAUAUGCAAGGAAGGCGAUGAUGUCUACGACUGUUUACUGUUCCAUUGUGAAGACCAGGCUCAGGCUAGACAGAUCUGCCAGCUGCUGGGUGUCCUCUUUGACGCUGUCUGCCAAGAUCCAAGUCUUCAACCUUGAACAACCUCC